AGAAGACAAGAGGUUUCUUCUCCUAGAAAAGAAACUUCACCAGGGAGUCUUGGCGUUCCUUUACUCCAUGAAAGGGGUAAUAUAGAGAAGACCUUCUGGGAUCUGAAGGAAGAAUUUCAUAGAAUAUGCAUGCUAGCGAAAGCACAGAAAGACCACUUAAGCAAACUUCAUAUACCAGACACUGCAACUGAAACACAGUGCUCUGUGCCUAUACAGUGUACGGAUAAAACAGAUAAACAAGAAGCGCUGUUUAAGCCUCAGGCUAAAGAUGAUAUAAAUAGAGGUACACCAUGCGUCACAUCUGUCACACCAAGAGGACUGGGUCGAGAUGAGGAAGACACCUCUUUUGAAUCACUUUCUAAAUUCAAUGUCAAGUUUCCACCUAGGGACAGUGACUCGACUUUCCUACAUAGCACUCCAGAGAGACCCGACAUCCUCAGUCCUGCCACAUCUGAGGCAAUGUGCCAAGACAGAUUUAAUAUGGAGCUCAAAGAUAAUCCAGGAAACUUUGUUAAAACAGAAGAAACUUUAUUUGAAAUUCAGGGAAUUGAUCCCAUAGCUUCAGCUAUACAAAACCUUAAAACAACUGACAAAACAAAACCCUCAAAUUUUGUAAACACUUGUAUCAGGACAACUCUGGAUAGAGCUGCGUGUUUAUCACCUGGAGACCAUAAUGCAUUAUAUGUAAAUACAUUCCCACUUCUGGACCCGCCUGAUGCACCUUUUCCCUCACUUGAUUCCCCAGGAAAAGCUAUCCGAGGACCGCAGCAGCCCAUUUGGAAGCCCUUUCCUAAUCAAGGCAGUGACUUACUGGAACUAAGUGGCACAGACUCAGAACUGCAUAUACCUCGAGUAUGUGAAUUGUCAAGCAGUUUUCCCACCAUCUAUUACAUCCAGGGGGGAUUUCCUGAGGCAUCUUAAUUCACACUUUAAUGGGGAGACUUAAGACACAUUUGAAAUCAGACAUAUCAAGUCCUAUGCAAUAAUUUUGGGUUUGUAAUACUAUAACUACUUGAUUAUGAACUAAAUUCAAGAUCAUUCAUAGGAAAAUCUCUUUUCACAGCUAUUUGAAAUUUUUUCUAAACUUCUUUUAUAACUUUAAUUAUCUUUUAAAAGAUCAUUCUGUACAAAACUGUAGCUCAUUGUAUUCAUGUUUACAGUGUUAUCACCAGAAUUCAAAAUUAUGUAUGUGACUUAGAGUUAUAUAAUCAUAAUUUAUGUUCGUUUCAAAUAUCUAAGCUUGUUACUUGGAUUUCUAGUGAGAUGUAUUGACUUUGGUUAUGUCAAAUGUUUAUACGGUUUUUUCAUUUGUUUUCAUUGAA